GUUUAGGUCAUUUUCAGGACAAGUAGUUGUAGAAGAAAGCAGAAGGGUAGUUGACUAGCUUCUCACCUAUUUUCCUAAUCACAAAGACAGUUAUAUUGUAAGAACCUUCACAAAUUAUCACCUUGAACAACUUCAAUUUACCUGCAAACCACUUGUUCAAUGUUUUAUCAUUAAUAUUAGUUACUGCUCCUCACACAAGAAACCAAGAAUCAACAUGGAAACCACCUCAAAAAUCACUCAGAAAUGGAUGUUAUGUGCAUUCGGGAGCUUCAUUAGCUGCUUCAUUUUCUUGCUAUACUUAAAGCACAACAAUGAGGCAGUAAAUUUCAGGGCUCUGCGACAUGCCAUGUUCAAUAUGGCCUCGUCUCUAGACGAUAGCUUUUCCCCUCAUGGAAAUUUAGAAAUCUCGAAACCAGCAAGAAGAAGAGAAGAUGAAGGGGAUAUAAUACAGAAAAACAGUAGGAAUAAGUGCAACAUAUUUGAGGGAAGAUGGAUUUAUCAAUCAACGGAAAGCCCAUAUUAUGAAGCAUCACAAUGUCCAUUCCUGAGUGAACAAGUGAGCUGCCAGAAGAAUGGAAGGCCUGAUUUUGACUAUGAAAAUUGGUCUUGGGAAGCUCAUGAUUGUGUGAUCCCACGCUUCAAUGGCAGAGAUAUGUUGAGGAGGCUUAGAGGCAAGAGGGUCAUCAUAGUUGGAGAUUCACUAAACAGGAACCAAUGGGAAUCUCUUGCGUGUCUUCUUUAUUCUACAAUUCCUCCUUCAAGAACCCAUCUUGAUCUUAGCAGUGGCUACUAUAAAGUCUUCAAAGCUAAGGACUACAAUGUUACUGUAGAGUUCUACUGGAACCCGUUUCUUGUCCAGUUCGACUCAAUAAAUGCUCCUAAAGUAUUAAGGCUGGAGAAACUGGAUUUGUCGUCUCAGCAUUGGCAAGGAGCUGACAUUAUGGUAUUCAACACAGGACAUUGGUGGGUGCAUCGUGGGAAGUUCAAGGCGUGGGACUUGUUCGAGUACAAGGGACGAUUAGUUGAUGAGCUGAAGCUAGAAUCAGCAUUUGAGGUGGCAAUGAGAACCUGGGCAAAUUGGAUAGAUCAGAAUGUUAACUUGACAAAAACAACAGUUUUCUUCAGAAGCAUUUCCCCAGAACACAAAGGUCAAAACGGAUGCUACAAUAAAACACAGCCAAUCACAGAUAUGUCCUAUGUAACACAUUUUUCCGAGUCCCUGACAAAGAUUGUUGAUAGAACAUUGUCAAAAAUGAAAGUCCCUGUAAGAUACUUAAACAUCACUAAGCUCUCACAGCACCGCGUCGAUGCACAUCCAUCAGUCUAUGCCAAAAAGAAAGGACAAGAACUGAUAAAGAGGAAACUAAAGCCACCCCAGAGUAUUUCUGAUUGCAGCCAUUGGUGCCUGCCUGGAAUGCCCGAUACAUGGAAUAGGUUACUAUAUGCAUCUCUGCUUUUGGAUCACCCCAUUGAUUCCCCUAGUCUAUCACAUUUGGUCUCUUGAAAAUCAGAGAUUUACCAUCAGUAGGCUAUAUUAGUUGUUGUAUUAGUGUGGAUAGUGGUGGCAAUUUCAACCCAUAUUUUC